GCGGCGCAGGAGGGUCGUUCAGGGUCACCGACCUCGCCGGGGAGGGGCCAGCCCCCAGGUGGCGCUACGACGCGCACGCAGGCGGACGGACACGCAUCGCUGCGUAUGGAGGACAGCAGCCCUGGACACGAAAGGGUUGCCCCUUACCCGCGCCCGGGGACGCCGGGGUCAGGCGUCCGAGGGUGCGCCGCCGCCAUGUUGAGUCCAGGGGGUUUAAAUGCGGUGGGCGGGGCCCAGGGAUGCCUGCGUCGCAUGGUGACGUCGCAGCCUGCGCGGGUAGGCCCGCCCGGACCCCUCCCGCGAGACCUUCCAGUCGACCAGCGCGGGCCGGCCCUGGGGGGCGGGGCCUUGUUGAGUGACGGCUCCGCUGAAGGGGGUUCAGCAUGGAAGUGCCUGGAGCCUGCCUUGCUAGAAUGAAGCACAUCAACUUGUCGUUUGCGGCCUGCGGGUUUCUGGGCAUUUACCACUUGGGGGCAGCAUCCGCACUUUGUAGACAUGGAAAAAAGCUCCUGAAGGAUGUCAAGGCCUUUGCAGGGGCUUCUGCGGGAUCCUUGGUGGCUUCUGUCCUGCUAACGGCACCAGAAAAACUAGAGGAGUGUAAUGAAUUUACCUACAAGUUUGCUGAAGAAAUCCGAAGGCAGUCUUUUGGGGCAGUUACACCUGGAUAUGAUUUCAUGGCCCGAUUGAGAAGCGGAAUGGAGUUGAUUCUUCCUCCCAACGCCCAUGAGCUGGCCCACAACCGACUGCAUGUAUCUAUCACCAACACCAAAACCAGAGAAAAUUACCUGGUCUCCAGUUUUUCCUCCAGGGAGGACCUCAUUAAGGUAACCCAGGUUCUCUUGGCCAGCAGCUUCGUGCCCAUUUAUGCAGGGCUGAAACCAGUGGAAUACCAAGGGCAGAAGUGGGUAGAUGGGGGCCUCACGAACAGCCUUCCCAUCCUGCCUGUAGGCCGGACGGUGACCAUCUCACCCUUCAGUGGACGACUGGACAUCUCCCCACAGGAUAAAGGGCAGCUGGAUCUCUACAUUAAUAUCACCAAUCAGGACAUAAUGUUGUCCGUGGCAAACUUGGUGAGGCUUAACCAAGCCCUUUUCCCACCAAGCAAGAGGAAAAUGGAAUCACUGUAUCAAGAUGGCUUUGAUGACGCCAUUAAGUUUUUACUGAAAGAAAAUUGGUUUGAAUAGAAUGCUUACAAGUUCAUAAUGCAAAAUAGAUUUCAUACCUUUUUUUUCAUUUUUGUCCACAUAGCUUUUGAUGAAGGUUUCAAAUUGAAUCAUUUUCUAAAAAAACUA